CAGUUCUGUCAUGACAGUGUCACAAACGUCAAACAAAAUUCUGAAUGAAGCGAAAAUUUAUCAAUAAACCAAAAAAAACAUCCUUUCCACAACACAAUUUCAUUGGAAGCAUUCAUUCAUAGUUUUGAGUAAUUUGUGAUCCCAUCGGAAAAUCGCACAAAGAAAGAAUGCGGACAGAGAUUAGAUAAUUGAAUAUACAUUGAAUUACGUUUAAAAUGGAUUGAAAUAGAAGUUUUUUUCUUCAUAGAAAUAUUACGGUGUAAAUCGUGUGUUUCUAGUAAUUAGUUUGAUGGUUUUUACGUUUUAUUUCUAUAAGAAUACAAGAUGAGCACAUACGAUAACAAUAUCUUGUAUCGGCCACUUACAUCAAACGGCGGCAGCAACACCAAUUUUACAUCAUCACUAUGCAAUUGGAUCAAACACAUCAAAGUUUACAAAAUCAUAUGCCUAAUUCUGAUUCUUCUGUUUGUCAUUCCCAUGCUAGCUCAUUACUACAUAUUGAAUGUGGACACCGAAAUCAACGAAACUGAAAUUCAUCAUUCUCGAUCUCAAUUGGAUGUUUAUGAGGAUAUUAGCAAUUUACGGGCGUCUGAUCUGAAGCUGCGCAUAGAAGAAAUGCUUCGAAUAAAGAGUACCGUAUCGCUAGAACUGCGUGAAUUGGAGUCUCGACGACAGAAACUUCAAACCGACAUCAGUUUAUACAACCAAAAAAUCGACGAAAUCAAACAGGAUUUGCUGCGACAGCAAACCGAAUUGGAUCGUCUAAAAAUAUCCGUCGAACAGGCACAAGUGGCUCAGCGUGAAGCCGUGCAACGAAAUACUCCCGAACUGGCACUACCGAAACCAAUGUACGCCGGUAAACUACCGACUGAAUAUCCGUCCGCUAGUCAUACCGAAUCGAUAAAUUGUAAAAUGAGCACAUGUUUCGACCACUCACGAUGUAGCCUAACAUCUGGUUUCCCUGUUUAUCUCUACAACCCGGACGAAAUUCAAAUAAUUAGCGAUGGCUUCGAUAUCGACGGCUUUCUCAAGACAACUGUUAAAGAGUUAUCCAGUCAAAAUGCGCACAUGACCGAUGACCCAAAGAAAGCGUGUGUUUUCUUAGUGCUGGUCGGCGAAGCACUCCCGGACGAUGAAAUCAUGCGAAACAAUCGUUAUUCGAUUCCCAGUGAGAGUACAUCACACACAAAACACAAUUCAUUGAAUACAACGAAUCUGAAAAAAUUGCCGUAUUGGGGCGGUGACGGUCGGAAUCAUAUUCUCAUCAAUUUGGCGCGACGUGAUUUGAGUGCAGGUUCUGGGAAUGCUUUCCGCAAUCACGACACAGAUCGAGCGAUUAUUGUUCAAUCAGCAUUCAGUGAGAGUCAAUACCGAAGUGGUUUCGAUGUAAUUGUACCGCCAGCAUUGGGGCCGCCGAACGGCGAUGUAUGGCAAGAGUGUGCGCCCAUUGUCCCAGCUCGAAGGAAAUAUUUACUCACAUUUCAAGGGGAAAUAAGAUCGCAAAAUGACACCAACCAUUCCGAUAAAUCGCUCAAUGAAGAAACGACACUGAACAAUUUCAUCGUUGAACACUUGAAGCAGAUUGCGAAUGGAAAGAGCCUAGACAAAUUCUUGUUACAAUUCGAAUGUGUUCCGGCAACAGAGCAAAAGGGGGUUGGGCUAGUGCGUGAUUGGAUGUUAUGCGGAACCGAUUCAUCACGAAAAGCAAUAUUAAAAGACUCCACAUUUAGUUUAAUCUUGUCUCCGGGCAUGGGUGAGGUGAGUUCAACCUUGCUACAGGCUCGUUUAUAUGAAUCGUUGCGAUCUGGUGCGAUUCCAGUCAUUUUGGGUGCCGAUUGUGUAUCACUGCCAUAUGAAGAGGUGAUCGAUUGGCGUCGCAUUGCCAUUAUGUUGCCUAAGGCUCGAAUAACCGAAAUGCACUUUUUACUGCGAGCCAUCCCCGAUAAUGAUUUACUGGCCAUGCGACGCCAGGGUCGUGUGAUUUGGGAACGAUACUUCAGCACAGUACAAGCUACUAUCGACACAAUCAUUGCAUACAUACGAAACCGAUUGAAUAUUCCACCGAAAGCCAUCAAGCCGGUCAUUUCUCAAAGCGUCUUCAAUUCAUCGUUCACACCAUUGAAAUCGGAUCCACCCGUUUUAGAUGCCGAACCAGAAGAAGAAUCGCUCGGUCCAAUUGAGCCGCCAUAUGCUAGUCCGGCGUACAAACGAAAUUACACCAUUACACAGUACAAAGAGUCAUGGAACGAUUGGUUGGAUCCAUUCUCUCUUUAUCCACAAUUACCUUUCGAUCCAGUUCUGCCAUCGGAUGCAAAAUUCAUCGGAUCACACAUAGGUUUCCGACCGAUUGGCAAAGGCAUAGGCGGAGCUGGAAAGGAGUUUGCUGAAGCUCUGGGCGGUAACUAUCCUCGCGAACAAUUUACGAUUGUGAUGUUGACUUACGAACGCGAGCAAGUGUUGAUGGAUUCGCUCGGCCGAUUAUAUGGUUUACCUUAUCUGCACAAAGUGAUUGUCGUGUGGAACUCCCCGAAACCACCCAUGGAAGAUUUACGUUGGCCGGAUAUUGGUGUUGAGGUUAGCGUUGUUCGAGCUCAAAAAAAUUCGUUGAACAAUCGAUUUUUGCCAUACGAUGUGAUCGAAACGGAAGCCAUCCUCUCCGUUGAUGAUGAUGCUCACCUUCGGCACGAUGAGAUUUUGUUUGGUUUUCGCGUGUGGCGUGAAAAUCGAGACCGAGUCGUUGGCUUUCCUGGGCGAUUUCACGCUUGGGAUGUCAACAGCAACAGCGCUUGGAAUUACAAUUCGAAUUACAGCUGCGAACUGAGCAUGGUUUUGACCGGUGCCGCUUUCUUUCACAAAUACUACACAUAUCUGUACACGUAUACUCUGCCACAGGCAAUUCGAGACAAGGUCGAUGAGUACAUGAACUGCGAGGAUAUUGCAAUGAAUUUCCUUGUGUCUCAUAUCACACGAAAACCACCAGUGAAGGUCACUUCACGAUGGACCUUCCGUUGUCCCGGUUGCCCGAUCUCGCUCAGCGAAGACGAUACACAUUUCCAAGAGCGCCACAAAUGCAUCAAUUUCUUUUCACAAAUAUUCGGAUACAUGCCGCUACUCAACACUCAAUACAGAGCCGACUCAAUACUUUUUAAAACCCGAAUUCCACAUGACAAGCAAAAAUGUUUCAAAUACAUUUAAUGCGGUUUUCUGCGAUCAAUUUUUUUUUAACUUUAGUUUUUAUGUGAAAUUGUAUAUCAAUGUCAAUGUUUAUGUGAACGAAUAUGUUUUAACUUUUAUGUAUUGACAGCCAAAUGAUGAUGUAGGUGCCAUACGUCUAUCAAAUAACCACGAACAUUAUAAGAUGCAAAUAUUGCAGCAGCAGCUACGUAUUUAACGAACAUAUUGUAUGCUAAGAUUAUGUUAAUCUUUCAUUAGAUUAAUUGCAAAACUAGACAUCACUUUAACGAUUCUAAUAAAAAAAAUAUAUACCAAAAUGUCGAAUAAAA